CGCUCCGCCCAAGCCGUGGUUGCUGCCGCUAUCACGUUUCCACCAGUCUCCGCAUCUAGAACUUUCCUGUUACUCCAGAAACACUGUCCACUUCCGCGGCAAACCCAUGGCAACCGAACGCAGCUUCCCCGAUAGCUUCAUUGACGAAGAUCCACAGAAAGCUCUGGAGGCUCUUAAUGAGGCCUUGCAAGGAGACUCCACCAACGCUGAGUGGUUUUGCCAGCGUGCUUAUGCCCACAUCCUUCUGAAAAACUACAGCUGUGCCGCUGAUGAUGCCAAGAAAGCACAACAGCUAAAACCCAGCCUUCCCCUUGCUUUCAUGCGAACAGGAAUAGCAGAGUACCACCUGAACCACUAUGAGUCAGCACAUGCAGCCUUCACUCAGGGACACCAACUGGAUGUUUCUGACAUAUCAUAUGAGAUCUGGAUCAAGAGGUGUGAGGAGAUGAUGGGGGACCAGUCACAGAACAACAGCGUAUACAGGCAGACACCAGCAGUUCCACCUGUGAAACAUGACUGGUACCAAACAGAAUCUCAAAUCAUUGUCACAGUCAUGGCGAAAAACGUACCCAAGGAUGGUGUGUGUGUCAGCUUCAUGGAAAAAGAGCUCGAUGCCAUGAUACAUCUGGCAUCAGGGGAGAACUACAACUUACACCUCCACCUCCAGCACCCCAUCGUCCCUCAACAGAGCACCUUCAAGGUCCUCACCACCAAGGUGGAGAUCAAGAUGAAGAAGACAGAUGCCAUCAGAUGGGAGAAGCUGGAGGGAGAAGGACAGGAGUCCAGCAUCAAACACUUCAAUCCUAAUCAGUACCCAUCAUCGUCCCACUACACCCGCAAAUGGGACAAGAUGGUGGUGGACAUCAGUGAGGAGGAGAAAAAUGAGAAGCUGGAGGGAGACGCAGCGCUCAACCAUCUCUUCCAGCAGAUCUACUCAGACGGCUCAGACGAGGUCAAGCGAGCCAUGAACAAGUCCUUUAUGGAGUCAGGUGGUACAGUCUUGAGCACCAACUGGAAAGAUGUGGGCAAGAGAACAGUGGAAAUGAGCCCACCAGACGAUGUAGAGUUCAAGAAGUACUGACCUUCCUCUUCCUUCUUUUUGCUUUGCAUCAUCUUUCUUCACAUUUGUCCAUCUGAUCUCCAGCGCGAGUCCUCGUUGCUCUGCAGUCUCCGUGGCCGUCCACUUCCUCCCCUCAGUUACGUUGUUGCCCUGGUGUUUUCACUCCGCUUUAACGCAGGGAGCCUCUGCCUUCCCGCUGUCAGUCAAUCAAACCACACAUGGCCUGCUCUCUGCAAUAGCUCACUACCAGAUGGAGCCGUUUCAUUUGAAUAAUCUGUUGAACGGAUUGAUUUACAUUAUCUGAUUCUUAAAGGCCAGUGGACUCCAAAGGGAACUAAGGUCUGGAUUAAAAUGCUGACUGACGGACCUGAAAUGCUCAGAUUCAACCAUCCGAGUCUUGUUUCCUCUCCUUUGCCUCCCCUAGUGUUCUCGAAACACCCACAGCCUUUUUAUUUGGGAGCCUUUUAUGACUCUCUACUAUCAGCACUUGUACAAAAAUGUAAAAAAAAAAAAGAAAAGAAAGAAAAAAUAGAAAGCAGCUGAGAUGU